CUCACUCCUCCACUCGCCGUCCUGGACUGCGGCGGAGCGCCGAGCCGCCUGUACGGUAUUGAGGUCGCGGGACGAGGGCUAGAAAGCAGCUACUGUGUGGCCCGGAGAGCGCACCCGGAGGAAGUUGGCCCAGUGGGACAGAGCCCGGCCGGCCGGCAGAGAACCUGGGAGCGCCAAGAUCCCGCCACAGAGGGCCCCCUCGCAGCAGAUUCUCUGACCUUUAACCCCUGCUGAGUCUUCCAAGCGGCCACAACAUGAACACAUCCCCAGGCACUGUGGGCAGUGACCCGGUCAUCUUGGCGACUGCGGGCUAUGACCACACCGUGCGGUUUUGGCAGGCCCACAGCGGGAUCUGCACCCGCACGGUGCAGCACCAGGACUCUCAGGUGAAUGCCCUGGAAAUCACGCCCGACCGCAGUAUGAUUGCUGCUGCAGGUUACCAGCACAUCCGCAUGUAUGAUCUCAACUCCAAUAACCCCAACCCCAUCAUCAGCUAUGAUGGGGUCAAUAAGAACAUCGCAUCUGUGGGCUUCCAUGAGGAUGGCCGCUGGAUGUACACGGGUGGGGAGGACUGCACUGCCCGGAUCUGGGACCUCAGGUCCCGCAACCUGCAGUGUCAGCGGAUCUUCCAGGUGAAUGCACCCAUUAACUGUGUGUGCCUGCACCCCAACCAGGCAGAGCUCAUUGUGGGUGACCAGAGCGGCGCUAUCCACAUCUGGGACUUAAAAACUGACCACAAUGAGCAGUUGAUCCCUGAGCCUGAGGUCUCCAUCACAUCUGCCCACAUUGAUCCGGAUGCCAGCUACAUGGCAGCAGUAAAUAGCACUGGGAACUGCUAUGUUUGGAAUCUGACGGGGGGCAUUGGUGAUGAGGUGACGCAGCUCAUCCCCAAGACCAAGAUCCCAGCACACACCCGCUACGCCCUGCAGUGCCGCUUCAGCCCAGACUCCACGCUCCUCGCCACCUGCUCGGCUGACCAGACGUGCAAGAUUUGGAGGACGUCCAACUUCUCCCUGAUGACGGAGCUAAGCAUCAAGAGCAGCAAUCCCGGAGAGUCAUCCCGAGGCUGGAUGUGGGGCUGUGCCUUCUCUGGGGACUCCCAGUACAUUGUCACGGCUUCCUCUGACAACCUGGCCCGGCUUUGGUGCGUGGAGACGGGAGAGAUCAAGAGAGAAUACGGCGGCCACCAGAAAGCCGUGGUCUGCUUGGCCUUCAAUGACAGUGUGCUGGGCUAGCCUGUGCCCCGCUGGGAUUGCAUGCAGCCAUCAGGCAGCACUGGCUAGAUGUGAUUGUUCAGCUGCCAAGUCAGAGCGAGCCCUUCCUCGGGCUAGCCUCUACCAGCUUAGGCUAGCUGGACCUGACUGACUACCCUGGCCCCCUUGGCCAGCCUAGAUGCCAAGCUGGUCUGCCUGGGGGCUCUUUUAGUCCCCAGUUGCUUAUCUGGAUGUGACAGGGCUCAGGAGGCUGACCCAAGCAGCCUGGCUGCUGCCUACCCCCAAGCCAGUGCUUUUCCCCCUCCCUACCCAUUAUAUGUCCCGAGACCACAGAAAACACCAUCAUGGCCAAGUGGAGGGGUUUAUUAGCCCCUGCUGGUGGCUGCCUUCCAUGGUACUGAUGAUAGGGCCGUCCAGCUGGCUGGCUUGUGGGGCUGGGUGGGCUGGGGGUUCAGUCUGGGAGGUAAUAAAAGCAGACUGACACACAGA